AUGGCAGCACAGGAGAAAGCAAACAGAUUUGUUGAUUAUUUUGUUAUCUGUGGGCUUGAUGAGGCCAGUGAGUUAGAACCCGAUAGGUUAUCGGGUGACCAUCAACAGUGCCCUCCCUUAGAACGCCCAUAUAAGUCCAGGGUCCUUGCACAUUAUCCAGAGACAGUGCUCUGGAAUCCAUUUGACGAGAAUGCUGUAGGCAUGCUAUGCCUGCCCAGAGGCUUGUCUUUCAGAACACAGUGGGACUCGCGACAGCCCAAGUUCCAUUCUUUCAUCAUCACCCGAGAGGAUGGGUCUCGCUGUUAUGGGUCAGCUCUGGUGUUUUACGAGGAGGUCACAAGCAAGUCUGUGCUGGACACCAUGCAGACACUGUACGUCAUGCACCAGGCCAACACCGCUGUCACCUUCUCUCUCGACAGCCCUGAGCCUGUAAAGAGAAUUUUGUCCGAGCGAAAGGAGAAGCAGAAUUCUUUUGAUGCCAGCCGGGAUAAGUUGUAUGUCAGCAAGUGUAUCUGUCUAGUCACACCACAGCCAUUUGUAAGGUCUGGACAGCAGUUUCUGCAGCAGCUGUUUGAAGCAGCCCAGAAGCCCAAUCAGCUGGCUUUGACUUUAGAGUCAUAUGUUUUCAAUAUAAUUUAUGAUGUACCUCUCCCACCAUGCGGUCGCAGCAUGAAGUUCUUUGGCUGCUUCAACCCUAUCUGUGUCAUCAGACCUGGUCUGGGAGAGCUGCCUCUGUUUGAUUUCUCCCUCUAUGAUAUGUUCAUGCUACUGGGUGUAGAUGGUGUGGUGGAUAUCUUCAAAUGUGUGCUUCUAGAACAUCAGGUGCUUUUGUACUCCUCAGAGUACCAACGACUGAUGCUCGUGGCCGAGGGAAUGAACGUUCUGAUCUUUCCCUUCCAGUGGCAACUGGUUUAUGUGCCUAUAUUGCCAGCUUCGAUGCAGCAUUUCCUGGACGCCCCUGUCCCGUUCAUCAUGGGCUUGUGCAAAGUCUCCACUGUUGAUAAGUCCAGUCUUGUAUUACCCUGUGAGGCAAACAUGUGCUUUGUGGACAUCGAUAACAAACUGAUGGAGUACCCCGAAGACCUGCCUUUGUUUCCUUACCAAACAGAACUCAAAAGUGAGCUAACUCAGGUUUUAAACAAAUACCAAAAUCUCAUUGGUGCCGAAAAAAUGUCCCGUGGGUACCCGCCAACGCCUCGGCGGGAGUCUGGCUUUAAGAGUGUGUCCUCCCUGAAGAAUGAUGACACCACUACCACCAACACCACCAGCUGGCCCAACUCUCCCAAAAGAAAAGAGAUCCUUCAGCAGAGUGAGGCAUGGAAGAAGAUAUCCAGCUUGGCUAAAAAGACCGGAGUGUGGGAUUCUAUUGAAGACAUUGUGCUGGAUGACACAUCCCCAGUGGCGAAAGACAAAGACAUUUCCAUUCCUACAGAUUCUGAUGGAAUGUCCCUGUCCGAAAUAAACCAGCUCAAAUUUAACAGUGCCGUCAGGGACAUCUUUCUCAACUGCUUUGUGCACAUGUUUGCUUCAUACGAGAACUUCGUCAUUAACCCAUCUCAGGAUUUGGAGUCAUGGAUGAGCAACAGGGAAACAGUUCACAACUUCGACAAGGCAGCUUUUCUCAGCGACCAACCUGUUGCCCACCUCCCAUUUCUGUCAGCUUUCAUAGAAACGCAGAUGUUUACGACACUGAUGGACAACAAGAUUGUCUCUCAGUGGGAGGAGGCGGAGCCAGGUCUGCGACUGUUUGAUACCAGGAUUAAGGAAUUGAAAGAUGCAGCUGGGGGCGAACCGAGGAUAAUUACUUACAACCCUUGUUGCACUUUUGAUGAAAUUGAUCAGUUCAUUGAGAAGAGAGCCAAAAACAUCAAUUUUAUAGCCAGCAAGCCACACGAGAUUGCUAGUCACACAUCGCCUAGCCAGUAUGUGGGUGGGGUGUUUCCUCUCUUGAGCAAGGAGCUGUUGAACUCAGAACCUGCAAAUUCAAAAUCCAAAUAUCGGGAGAAUGCUAAAUGGAGGAGAAUGGACAGACAGCUGCAGCACAAAGAACACCUGCAGAAGCAUUUUGAGGGAGAGCAGCAAGAAUGUCCAGUUGUGGAGAAAAAGUCAUUAUGGGCUCAAUACCUGCGGCUUCGCAAGCCACAAGUUCCUGAUGUAUCACAGGCGGGAAUGGCUCAAAUGACUCAGGCUAACUGGAAGUUCGUGGAAACACUGUUGAAAGAAUGCAAAACUAAGACAAAAAAGAUGCUGGUGGAGAAAAUGGGCCAGGAGGCAGUGGAGUUGGGUCACAAUGAUGCCAGCAUCACUGGUGUCGAGGAAAACACCCUCAUUGCCAGUUUGUGUGAUCUCAUGGAGAGAAUAUGGAGCCAUGGUCUGCAGUACAAGAAGGGCAAGUCUGCUGUGUGGUCUCACUUGCUGAGUUUUCAAGAAAUUGAAGAGGGCAACGACACUAACAAACCAGUGGAUCCAAAGAUGUUAACACCAGAUUUGUCAAAUGUUGGAUCAGACCCGGAAAAGCAGCAAGAAAAGAACCAUGAGAAGACGCAUCGCAGACGAGGCAGCCAGGGGCGGAUUGAGCUACCUGUGUUGAGACCUAUGUCCGAAGUCACUCCUCAGUGA